AUGAUUGUGAUAUUGAUAACAUUAUCAUUAAUGAAUAGAGUUUAUUCAGAAGAGACAUUUGAAAAAUUAACUUAUUAUUUAGACACUACAACAUCAGCUCAAAAUUUAACUUGCUAAAGUCUAACAAAAGUUUAUUAAUCCACAACUACUGGUAUACCAAGAGUAAUGUAAUUCAAAAUAAAUACUGCAUAUGGUUACAAUAGUUUACUUUAUACAUUUGAUUUACAUACUCCAAUUACAUCAAUAAGUGAUAUAAUUUUUGUGGAAAGUGGCCAAACUAUAUAUUAAUUACAACACAAUUCUUUUCGUUCUUAUGUUACAAAUUUCUGUUCUUUUACAAGUUUAAUUCAAUACAUAAAAUUCACUUCAACUACUUAAAUGAAUGAAUAAUAAGUAACUCUACUUGUUUCAACUAAUAGUGCAAACACAUUUUAGAUUAAGAAUUUAAAUAUUUAUGCAGAGAGAUGUUAGUUAUAUUGUAAAAUUUGUAAUAAAGAUAAAUUUUGUUCAGAAUGUAUGCCUGAUUUUAUAUUAAAUUUUGCGGGUAAAUGUGUAUGUAAUUCAUAAUUUCUUACUUAUUUCUAAGGAUAAUGUGUUACUUAAUGUCCUGUUAAUUAUAUUUUUAAUGGCACUACAUGUUUGCAAUAUAAUCAAAUAAUAAAUUUAUUAUAUGAUGAUACAGCAUCUCAAUUUAUAAUGUACCCUGAUUAUAAUACAACUUAAAGAGAAUGUAAAAUUACUUUAGAAGGUAAAAAAGUAGCAGGUCUAUUUAUUUAGAAUGAAGUUGUAGAAUAUUAAAUUUAUACUCCAAUAACAAAAGCUUAUGAUAUUAUAAUGGAAACUGAAAUUUAUCUUUUAAAUUAGCCAUAAAAUUUACCAUUACAUUUUUUUAUUAAGUUUAAUAAUUAUUUAAUAGGAUAAGCUUUAAUUUUAUAUAAUUAUUUGAAUUAAGCCUAAGUUAUAGGAGCAGUAAAUCAAAAACAAUGCAAUAUAAUAGGAUUUAAUUCAUGUUUAAAAUUUACUUUUAUAUUAAAUGUUUAGAAUAUUUCAGAUCUUUAACAAAUUUAAUUUAAUUUAAAUAUUCCAUUAGAGAUAAAGAAUGCUGCUUGGGCUAUUUCUUAUAUUAAAGUAAAUGCAAUUGAAUUAACUCCAAUUACUUGUCCAUUAAAAAGAUUUAAGAAUGAAUGUGUAGAUGAAUGUCCAAUAAUUUCAAGAGCGUAAGGAAAUGAAUGUAUUAGCAUAAUAGAUGAUUAUAAAUUUUCAAAAAUUUUAAGUAUUUUAAACACAGACAGAUUUGCAUUAAAAUAAAAUCUAAAUAUAAACAAUAUUUGUGAUUAAUUGUAAAAACCUAUUUUACCUAGUUGUUAAUUUUAUUAAAAAAGAUAUCUUUAAGGAGGUGAAUUGACUUGGAAAAAUACUUAAAUAUAAUUAGAUAUUUCAUCAAUUUAACCACAUUAUAAAUUGAAACUAUUUUUUAAAGCCAUAUUAAUAGAUCCUGUAGAUAGUCAAUAGAGUUUAAUUGUGAGUAUAGAUGAUACUAAAUUUAUAUUAAACAAAAAUUCACCAAAUUCAUAUUGUUUUAGUAGUGUAGCUACUGUAGGAUGCAUAAUUUAAGAAGAUCUUGGUUAAACAAAUGUUGAUUAUUUAAUUAAUUUUGAAUAAGAAUUUAAUCAUUCAGAUACAAAAUUAGAGAUCUUAUUUACUUGUAAUAUUAAAUAAAAUAUUAACAGUUAUUGUGCAAUAUAUGAUAUAAUUGUUCUUUCAGCAAAUUGUCCUGAAAAUUGUAAGUUUUGUUAAUCAGAUUCUAUAUGUUUAUAAUCAGAUCCAUAUCUUCAAGUAUUUUAUGAUUGCCCAAGUGAAGGUUAUUAUUAUUCUGAGGGUGUUUGUUUAAAAUGUAAAUCAUCUUGUAAAACUUGUAAUAAUGAAAAUUAUUGUAUUACUUGCAAAGAUUAAUAUUUUAAAUAUGGAAAUUUGUGUAUUUGUUAAAUGAAUAUGGUUGAGGCUUUUUCAACAGAUUGUACAAAUGAUGAAUGUCAUCCAUCAUGUUCAAAAUGCUAAAAUAAGCUUAAUAAAAUUUAAAAUAAUUAACUUUAAUCAAUAACUUAACUGUGUGCUUUUUGUGAUAGAAAUGAACAUAAAGUAUUUAAUAAUAAUAAAUGUGAAUGUUUCUUAGGAUAUUAUAUGGAUUAAUAAAAUUAUCCAAACACUUGUUAAUUAUGUAAUUAAACAUGUAAGACAUGUUCAGAUGCAAUAACAUGUAUAACAUGUUUUCCUGAAUAAAAUAGGAUACCCCAAAAUUAUUAAUGUUAAUGUAAAUAAGGAUAUUUUGAAAAUGGAUAUGACACAACUUGUAUAAAAUGUAUAUCCAUUUGUAAAUCAUGUUUAUAUAAAGAGGAAUAUUGUACUAAAUGUUAUACAGAAUAAUAUAGGUAAUUAUCAAAAGAAAAUACAUGUAUAUGUGAAAAUGGAUUUUAUGAAGAUAAUAAGACAGAUAUUUGUUUAAGUAUUUUUAUAUUAUAAAUUUAGAAUGCAGUGAUUAUUGUAAUACUUGUUCAGAUUAUUCUACAUGCACAUCAUGUAGUGAUUUUUAAUAUAGAAUAUUGGAUUUACAUACUAAUUAAUGCAUAUGUUAAUAAGGUUAUUAUGAUAAUGAGUAAUUAAAUUGUUUACCAUGUCAUUAUUCUUGUAGCAAAUGCAACAAUUCUAAUUUAAUAUCUUAAUGUACUGUUUGUCCAAAUUCUAGGUAGAAAUCUGCUCAUAAUAUUGAUAUUUUUGAAUGUAAAUGUAGAAAAGGAUAUUUUGAUGAUGGAUAUUUAGAAUGUUUAUCAUGUAAUAAUUUAAUUAAUCCACCAAUUACACAUUAUUGUUAUUCUUAAUGUGGAGAUCUAAUCAUCUAAUGGAAUGAAGAAUGUGAUGAUGGUAAUUUAGAUCCAAGAGAUGGAUGUAAUCAAUGUUUUCUAUAAAAUAAUAAUUGCAUUGAUAACAUAUGUUUAAUUUGUUAACACAACUAAUGUCUUUAAUGUAAAGAUGGAUAUUAUUUAAAUAAUGAUUAUGCAUGUUCUUAAUGCUCUGAUGAAUGUUUAAAAUGUGAAUUAUAAUAGAAUAAUUGUACAUAAUGUAAGUUUAAUACUCUUAGUAAUGAAUAAUGUUUAAAUUGUUCUUAAGAAUAAGGAUUCAUCUAAAUAGGUAAUUAAUGUUUUAGUGUUUGUGGAGAUGGUAUUCGAACAUACUAGGAAUAUUGUGAUGAUGGUAAUUAAUUAAAUGGAGAUGGUUGUGAUUAAUACUGUAAUGUAGAAGAAGGUUAUGUUUGUAAUCUUGAAUGCCAAAAAAUUAAUUAUAUUCAAAUUUUACUUUAAGAAUAUAAAUUUGAUAGUAUUUAUAAUUCAAAAAGAACUAUUCAAUUAAAAUUAAAUCAAGAAGUUAAAAUUAGUGUUAAUAAUAAAAUUACAGAUUUUUUUAAUGUUACUUCAUCUACUCCUAAUCUUAAAUUAACUAUCAUAAGUAUUAAUGACUAUUCAUCUAUGAAAAAUGAUUAUUUUAAUAUCAUUUUAGAUUUUAAUAUAGAAUUAGAUUCAUCUGCAUAACCUCCAUUUAUUACAAUUACUAUAUUAAAUUCUACAUUUUUUACUAAUUAAUAGGGUUAUUCAUUUAAAACAAAUAAUGCAACAAUAUAAUUAAUUGAUUUCAUCAAAUAAAAUCAAUUUGUAAUUUAAAAUAGUCAAAAUUUAGCUUAGAUGAGUUCAUAUUUCCUAUAUAUAUUAUUAGGAUUAGCAAUCAUAGCUAUGAUUUUUGGAGGUUUGGAUAUAUUUUGGAAUCUUUUAGAUACAAUGUAACUUAUUUGUUAUCUAAAAUAUUUUAAUAUAACUUACCCUUAUAAUCUUUAAUACUAUUUUACUAUUUUUGGAUUUGCUGAAUUUGACUUUAUUAAAUCUUAUUUUGAUUUUGAAUACUUGAUUACUCAAUAUGUAGAUACUCCAGAAGCUGAUCCAAAAUUUAAUUUGGAAGGAUAUUCUACUGUUUUUCUUAUUAAUAUAAUUUCUGUAUUUAUAGUUUUUCUUACUACCAGUGCUACUUUUAUUAUCAUAAGAGUUAUAUUAUAUUUUAUACAUAAAGUAACAAAAGAAUUUACAGAGAAUAUGAUAUUAAUAGAAAGAGAAAAAAUAAAUAUAUUUACUUUUCUAUUUUAUAAAUUAGCUAAUAAUUGUUAAAAAUAUUUCUUAAAAAUUAUUAAUGAAUUUAAAAGUGCACUUAUAAGAACUUUUAUGGCUUCUGCCUAUGAUUUAAAUAUAGCAAUAUUUUUAUAAUUUAAGGAUAUUUAAUUUUAAAAUCCAAUUCUCAGAUUAAGUAGUAUUUUUGCAAUUAUUAUGUUUUUUAUAGAAACAUUUUUUAUCUAUAAUUGUUUUUUAUUAAUGAGUAAGGAUUAAAUAACAUAUAAAUUACAAUAGACAUAAUAAAAUUAUGGAUCACUUUUUGAAGGAUUAAAAUUAGAAAGAAAUCGUUUUAAUUAUUAUUUUAAUUUAUUUAUUGUUAUUAAAAAGGCUCUAUUCAUAGCAUUAUUAGUAUUUCUUUAUAAUACUCCUUGUUUAUAGAUUAGUCUAGUAUCUCUAUUAAGUUUAACAUAAGUAUUAUAUUUAUUACUUAAUCGAUCAUUAGAAGAUCAAAAUGAACUUAUUAAAUAAAUUAUAAGUGAACUUAUUUUAUGGUUAUCUGAAAUUUUAAUAUUAUCAUUUGGUUUCAAUGAAUAAAGUAAUAUUUUUAAUUAUUCUCAAAUGACAAAUAUUGGUUGGAUCAUUAUUGGAUUUUUGUCGUUAAUAAUAUUUGUUUAAUUAAUAAUUGAUUGUAAACAACAUUUUUAAUUUCUUGAUGAAAAAUAUCAAUUAUUAAAAAAUUUAAGAGUUUGGUAUCAAUAAUAUUUUUAGUAGGAUGAAGGUUAAUCAUCUUUAAAUACAGAAUUUAGUUAAUUUUCAAUAAUAUUUCAUAAAAAGCAGAAAUAAUUACCAAACAUUCCAUAAGCUUAAGGCUCAGAUAAAUAAAUAAAUAAACGUCGUAUAAUAUCUUUUCAAUUAAAUUGA